CACAACCACGUGUCAGCAAAGGAAAGACACCAGAUUUUUUUUUUCUAUUUUCUAUUUUCUUUUCUCUAUUUUUUUUUGUUUUCUCAUCUUCUCCGUCAUUCGGCGAAAUCCACCACCUCUUCUUUCGGCUUCUCCGUCAGAAACGAUCGACGACUCUGUCGAUCAUCACGGCGUGUCCUCCGUGUUCUCCGUCAGACGAGCACUCGAAAUCCACCGAGAGGACAUCAUGAUUUGGAUGCUGAUUACCGUCAGCUCUCCCACCAAACUCUCUCUUCAAUUCUUCUAUUUUAGAUAACUUCAGUCCACGACUUGAAUUACUUGUCUCAGAUGCUGUGAAGAGGCAGAUGACUAAGGACGGUGAAAAGCAUCAAAAGAUUUCAACCUGACGUUACCAUAUCAUGGAGAGACUAUUUCAUUAGAGGAAGGAGAGUUACUUGUGCUGCUUACAGAUGGUAGAAAGCUAAUGGGAACACUCUGUUCUUUUUGAUCAAUUGAGAAGAAGAGGAAGCCCGUCUCUAAGAUGCGGCUGCGUUGCUAAUUACACCAGAGACGAUUUCCCUCAUGACUUCGCUUUUGGAUCUGGAACUUCUGCUUAUCAGUGGGAAGGAGCUUAUGAUGAAGACGGGAAAAAGCCUAGCGUCUGGGACACUUACGUUCACUCUCGUAACUCUUUCUUUCUCUUUUCAUACCUUUGGACUCUAGUUCAACCGUUGCUCGCUCUUACACUCUAAACAUCAUCAAUCUUGCAUGUUAUAUACACUACGUAUUCACCAUAAUUAUUAUAGUGUUUCUUGACUCUACCAUCAAUUUUGGAUGUAUUCUUCGUAAAAUAGAAAAAAUAAAAUAAAAUGCUAUUCCAGGCACGAUUAUAGAGGUUGGUUAUUAACCGCUGACACAAUCUGCUACCUGCCUUUACCCGCAAGUUUCUUUCCCCUUUCUGGUCUGAAACUUCUGAAAAGUUCAAACCAUUUUCAAAUUAUUCCCCUUCUCGUCUUUACCCAACGGUCUCUAGGAAGUGGCCAAAAAUUCUCCGGGUUCUUCCCCCGACUUUGCUCGGAGGGACCGCCGGAAAUCGCCUUCUCACCACUGAGAACCACCUCCAGCCAUGAAAACCACCGGAAAGACCCUUUUCUGCACAAACCACCUCAUGUGAGGUGAAGCUAGGCACUAACUCGAUUUACAACUAGGAGGAACGGAUUCGUUUUCCAGUUGUUUUCUGUUUCUGGCCUGUGGCUUUCCCUACGGCUGUUUAUUGUGUGUAGUACAGAGUUGUACCCCCGAGAGAGGAGACUUCAAUCUUUGUAGAUUGACUAGUUCACAAUCUUCCAAAUCUCAAGAUCUGUUUCACAUCUCCUUCAGUCAACAACUAAGAUGCAUAAGAGACUCUCUUCUGCCGAAAAAGGAAAAGGACUAGCCCUAACCUCCCAAGAAGAGGCACCCAGGAAAGCUAGAGUACGAGUCACAACUGAGACUCCGGAUAACUCCGCUCGAUUCCGACAGCUCAACCUUACCUUGAUAGGGAAGGUAACAAACCCAUCAGUUCAAAAGGUCUGGACCCUCAUUCCUUUCUUCACCGACUUGUGGAAAACAGAGAGAAGACCUGUUGGCUCAGAUUUGGGUCAAGGCCUAUUCCAAUUUCAAUUUGAAGAAGAAGCUGACCUACUAGGGGUUUUGGAAAAACGCCCCUACCACUUUGCUAAGUGGAUGAUAAUAUUGCAAAGAUGGGAGCCAACUAUCUCCCCGUCGUUCCCAUCACUCAUACCUUUCUGGAUUAAGGUUCAAGGAGUCCCGCUUCACCUAUGGACUGAGGCCACUAUCAAGUCCAUAGGAGAGGACAUUGGAAUGUCCGAAUCACUCGAGAUUACUUCUCUGGCCAUCCGAAUGAGAGUUCAUGUCAACGGAAGACUCCCAUUAAUCAAGUCUUCAGUAAUUGAGUAUGACAAUGGAGAUGAGGUCAUAGCAACACUGGUCUACGAAAGACUUGAAAAACAUUACUCUCAAUGCAAUAGACUGGACCAUGAGCUCAAAGAUUGCCUCGAAGCAAAGGCACUAAAGAAAGCAAGGGCUCUUGCGGCACCAGAACUCUCUACAGGGAGCUACUAUAAGGAAGACAGAUCAAGAGAAAUGAUGGCCCACUCUCUGCAACAGACUCCCCGUAACUCUGGAAACUAUCGCCCCAAAGAAACCUACCAAAACAGAAGAGAUCUGAGAUAUGAGGUCCUCGACCGUAGGCACCAACGCCUAACAAAAAAUAGGAGUAUCAGUAGGAAUUUAAGAUACAAGAGGCAGGAAUGGCAACCAAAAAACGCUAAUAGCUUACGUAACUUGGGAAGAGAGGACUCCCGAGAUAGAAGAGAUACCCACUCCGCGUCUCAGAGUUGA